UUCUUAAAAUUGUGGCGAUCCUAACUGACCUAAAACAGGUCAUUUUUACUCGGAUUAAAUGUCAGGAAAAAGCUGCGUUUAAAUGUAUUUGGCUAAGGUGUAUGUAAACUUCCGACUUCAACUGUAGCUGCUCUACUCAAAAAAUAGAUAUACUUUUUGCACAGUAGGCCUAUUUAUCAUGGUCCAUCAAAUCUUAUCAGUGACAGACGCCGAAGGCAAAGACGAACAAUGUUUGAGACUGUGGGCUUUCCGUCGCAGAUGACCAUCUCUUCUGCCAUUCCAUUUCUACGUUGACACAUUCAGAGCUAGCCGAGCUAGCUAGGCAGCAACAGUUCAACUAGGCAGAGGGAAAACAGGGUGUGUUUCACACAAAUGUCUCAACAUUUACAAUGAAGAAAAUUAAAUCGACUAUAUCUUGACGACCACUGCGUGCUCAAUGACGGUCUGCCGCGGUCUCAGCGAUUGACAUGGACUCUUGUGAUAAGGAUGUGAAACUGUCAGCUGAAGUGGAGCCGUUUAUCCCACAAAAGAAAGGUCUGGAAGGAGCGCUGGUCACCAUGAGCCUGUCUGGAGGAGGAGAAGGAGGAGGGGGGGUAGAGCCCACCCCUAUCCCCAACUACCUCAUCACCUGCUACCCUUUUGUCCAGGAGAACCAACCCAACAGACAACAGCACCACAUGUAUAGCGGAGGAGGGGACCUGCGCUGGCAGCAGCCCAACCCCAGCCCAGGUGGUCCAUACCUGGCUUACCCCAUCCUAUCCUCCCCCCAGCCUCCAGUCUCCAACGACUACACCUACUACCAGAUCAUGCCUGCCCCCUGCCCCCCCAUGAUGGGCUUUUACCAGCCCUUCCCAGGAACGUACGCCGGGCCCCUGCAGCCUGGCGUGGGAAACCCUGUAUCAGCUGAUGUCAGCGAGAGACCGGCCCCUCUCGGACAGGUGUUUGGACUAGCUAAUCAGAGAGGAGGGAGGGGCAUGGUCAGACCUGCCGUUCUACCCAAGUCCAUGUUCUAUCAGCAACAGCAGGUGGGGUUGUGUCAGCCCCUGAGGGCCAGGAGGCCCCCUAUGAGGACUGUAGCUGUCCAGAAGGAGGUGUGUUCCUCGGGGCCAGACGGACGGACCAAGACAGUCCUACUGGUGGACGCUGCCCAACAGACUGACUUCCCAGGGGACAGUGCAUGUGGUCGUGGUGCGGAACGGGAGCAGGCCAGCCCCCUGCUGUGGAAGAACCUUCCCCGGAGAAGGCGGGCCUCGCACCCUGCCGAGAGCUCCAGUGAGGCGGACAUCGACAGCGACAGCGGAUACUGCAGCCCCAAACACAACCAGCAGGCCCCGGGUGCUACGCAACACACUGCCCACGCUGCUGUAGCUUCUACGGGAGUGGAUGCAGGUGUAAUGACAGCGGUAAGCUGGGUGAACGUAGCGUCUCAGGCCUCUCCGAGGCCGUGGUCAGACAACAGGACCACCCCGUUCCAACGGACAGGGAAGACCCCUGAUCAGAGAAACUACUCGCAGCAGGACUUCCAUGCAGGGUACUCAGGGGGGCGUGUCUGUUCUAACCCCACCCCCGCAGACAGCAACUGUGGUCUGCGGCAGAGACGGCUCCAGCCCGGACUGGGCCCUGGGACGGUGCUUGCUCCUGAGCCCCUCUACUUUGAGGAUGAGGAUGAGUUUCCAGAGCUGGUCUCAGGAGGGGCACAGAGGAACAUCAAACCAGACCCUAACCCUUCCCAGAACCAACACCAGUCCAAAUUAACCAAGAACCUGCUGGAUAACCUUCCAGAGAACUCUCCCAUCAACAUCGUCCAGACCCCCAUCCCCAUCACCACCUCCGUCCCCAAGAGGGCCAAGAGUCAGAGGAAGAAGGCCCUGGCCGCUGCCCUGGCUACAGCACAGGAGUACUCUGAGAUCAGCAUGGAGCAGAGGAAACUACAGGAGGCACUGACCAAAGCAGCAGGGAAGAAGAGUAAGACUCCAGUCCAGUUGGACCUGGGAGACAUGCUGGCUGCUCUGGAGAAACAGCAGCAGGCCAUGAAGGCUCGACAAAUAACCAAUACUAAGCCACUGUCCUUCACAGUGGGUACAGCAGCCCCGUUCCAUGGUUCAGGUGCCGGGCCGGGAGCAGGGUCAGGUAUAGUAUCAAUGUUGAAGGCCCAGCAGGCCCACUCUGCCCCCCUCAACAUGCUGGACUCCAGCGCUCCACGCCUGAAGAGAGGGAAGGAGAGAGAGAUCCCUAAAGUCAAACGACCCACCGCCCUGAAGAAGAUCAUUCUGAAGGAGCGUGAGGGGAAGAGGGGGAAGGGGUGUGUGGAUCAGAUUUCUACCAGCCAGGAAGAACAGGGAGAGGAGGAGCUACACUUCACUGACGACCUCACACGGGAACCUGCCUCUCAGGAGGAGAACGGUCUGAGCGUGCCCAGUGAUGACGCGUCCCUGUCCCCGGCCAGUCAGAACUCUCCGUACAGCAUCACGCCUGUUUCCCAGGGAUCCCCUGGCUCCUCCGGCAUCGGCAGCCCCAUGGCCUCUAACGCCAUCACCAAGAUACACAGCCGCCGCUUCAGAGAGUACUGUAAUCAGGUGUUGAAUAAGGAGAUAGAUGAGAGUGUGACGAUGCUGCUGCAGGAACUGGUCCGGUUCCAGGAGAGGGUUUAUCAGAAGGACCCCAGCAAAGCCAAGACCAAACGCAGACUGGUCAUGGGCCUUAGAGAGGUCACCAAACACAUGAAGCUCCACAAGAUCAAGUGUGUUCUCAUCUCACCCAACUGUGAGAAGAUCCAGGCCAAAGGGGGUCUAGAUGAGGCUCUGUACAACGUCAUAGCCAUGGCCAGAGAACAGGAGAUCCCGUUUGUGUUUGCUCUGGGUAGGAAGGCUCUCGGACGCUGUGUCAACAAACUGGUGCCGGUCAGUGUGGUGGGCGUCUUCAACUUCUCUGGAGCAGAGGGUCUGUUUAACCGGUUAGUGUCUCUGACGGAGGAUGCUCGUAAGUCCUACAAGGACAUGGUGUCAGCGCUGGAGCAGGAGCAGGCUGAGGAGGCGCUGAAGAACGUCAAGAAGGUCACCCACCACAUGGGCCACUCCAGGAACCCCUCCGCUGCCUCUGCCAUCUCCUUCUGCUCUGUCAUCUCUGAACCCAUCUCUGAGGUCAACGAGAAGGAGUACGAGACCAACUGGAGGAGCAUGGUGGAGUCGUCAGAUGGGCUGGAGCCUGUGGAGGCUAAACCCAGCCAUCCUGCUGCUUCCUCUGGGUUGCAGAGAGACAACCAGCCCCCCUCCACCACCACCAACCGCAGCCCUUACUCCACUACCCUCCAGCUCAGAGCAGCCGUCCCUGCUCCAGGCUCAGGCCCGGGGGAGAGAGAGGAGGGCCGGGCAGACGACCGCUUGGAGCUGGCCUCCCAGCAGAGCACGGAGACAGGCAGUUUGGAUGGGAGCUGCAGGGACCUCCUCAACUCCUCCAUCACCUCCACCACCUCCACCCUAGUCCCCGGUAUGCUGGAGGAGGCAGAGGAAGAGGAGGAGGAGGAGGAAGAGUACACACCAGAGCCCAUCUCUGUGGAGGUGCCUGCGGUCAUCAGCCGUAUUGAGUGCUGGGUGUCUAAGACACUUGAGAACCUUCAGCUGGGGAAGAGCCAGGACAGCACAGAGGAGGAUGAGGAAGAGGAGGAGGAGGAGGAGGGGGGAGUGCAGAGUGAGGAGGAAGAGGAGUUGGAUUCUGCUGAUGUCACAGAGACUGGGCUGGAGAGGACGGAGAAGAUGGUGGCCAAUAAUAUCACUGGCUGAUUAGACCUCAUUCAUCCCUCUCUCUGUCUUUCUUUUUUUUGUUUCUCGCUAAGUUCGCUCUGUGUACACUCCAUCACUUGUCUUCCUCGCUCCCCCCCUCUCACCUGUUCCCCUAACCUGUACUCUUUCACCUCUAUCACACACUCUCACCCCCCCCCCUCACCUGUUCCCCUAACCUGCACUCUUUCACCUCUAUCACACUCUCACCCCCCCCCCUCACCUGUUCCCCUAACCUGUACUCUUUCACCUCUAUCACACACUCUCACCCCCCCCCCCCUCUCACCUGUUCCCCUAACCUGCACUCUUUCACCUCUAUCACACACUCUCACCCCCCCCCCUCUCACCUGUUCCCCUAACCUGCACUCUUUCACCUCUAUCACACACUCUCACCCCCCCCCCCCUCUCACCUGUUCCCCUAACCUGCACUCUUUCACCUCUAUCACACACUCUCACCCCCCCCCCUCACCUGUUCCCCUAACCUGCACUCUUUCACCUCUAUCACACACUCUCACCCCCCCCCCCUCUCACCUGUUCCCCUAACCUGCACUCUUUCACCUCUAUCACACACUCUCACCCCCCCCCUCACCUGUUCCCCUAACCUGCACUCUUUCACCU